GAAAAAUGAUUCGGCGCGCGUGGUGUGAUUAAGCGAACAUAACGGUUUAAAAUUUUUCUUCUGUGUCGCAGACAAGCAACUUACAAGGUCUCGCGCGCAUGCACGCUGAACGCAGCGGAGCCCCGUGAGAUGGGCUGUAGUGGACGUCGGAUUUGGCCUUUUUCUCUAGACUUCCCACCAGAGGUCUUCUGGGACCUUCACAGUCGAGCCGCUCUAGUCCGUUGCUGCCUCCCUCUGUUUCUCCGCCGAAAAUCUAAACGCUUUUUAGUCCUUUCUCCCGUGCAUCCUCGCGCGCGGUGUGUCUCCGUCUCUGUCUCUCGGCUUUGUUCGGAAGAGCCUCGCUCUUCUUGUCUCGAUCCCGUCUUGAGCAAGAAGUCUUUAUGCGGCGUCGACCCUGUGCACCUCAGUUACUCGGUUUCGGUCGUUCUUCGCGCCGAAUUCGCGCGCAUUUCCCUUUGCUAGAAGAGGCAUCUUCUGACGAGUCAAGAUGGCGGCACUGUCCUCUGGAUCCUCGCCUUUCGUGAGUAUCGUUUCUCCCCUUCGACGAGGCGUCGAAGAAGCAGCCGCUGUGGCGAAGAACGGAAGAAGCCACAGCUACGGCGCGGUGUAUGUACACCCGAAGUCUCGGCCCGCGUUUCUUCCACAAGCACAGCCAGUGGGCGGCGACUUGCAGGCGAAACAGCGGCACUGGCCCUUCGUGGAGAUGCGAUCUUUCUCUUGGAUAGACGCCGCUUUCUUGCGCUGGGAAGAGCCUCGUUUCCUUCGCUCGUCGAUACCGAAUGCCUCCUCAAGAUGCGAAGUUAAAGCGAGGACGAUGUGUGGAGCGGCAAAGUGCGCAUGCAGACAACCCUCCGCGGCCGCUCGGGCGUCUAGACGCCUCACCUCUUCUUCUUCUGUCCCUCCCGCCUUUCUGCACUCCAACGGGCCGCAUUUCUCGCAUUCCGUGGGCUCUUUAUCUUGUCGUCUCUGCUCUCUUUCCACUGCACUCUCCCUCCCACUCUCUACUCUGGACGCCGCUGCCGCCAGAGCGUCUUCUUGCUCUUCAUCGUCGCGGUCGUCUUCCCCCGGUGAGACGACCUCUUCCUCUUUCGACGCCUGCGGCUGCUCUUCGUCUCUCACCGCUUCUCGCGCCUGCCUCGUCCCUGGAUUCGCGCAGAACGCCGCCGGUGCGUCGCGUGUCGGGUGUCUAGACAGCCGAACGGGCGGCGGAAGGCGGGCGUACUCUGGAGAGCCCCGCAUCCGAAACAAAAACAGCAGCCACACGUCGGAGUGGAUCAAACGGCAAAUCACAGACAGAUACGUCCUUCGCGCGCAAGAGCGGAACCUUCGCAGUCGAGCGGCGUUCAAGCUUGAGCAGCUCGAUGACGACUUUCUGUUUUUCCGAAAAAACCAAGUUGUCGUGGAUCUUGGCGCAUAUCCUGGAGGGUGGAGCCAAGUCGCUCUCGACCGCAUUCGCGCGGGAGGGGGAGAAGGGAGAGUCAUUGCUGUUGACCCCGUCGCCAUGGAUCCUCUGCCUCACCACACGUUCAUCCAGGGCAGCGUCGGACAGGCUGGAACGCUGCAGGCGUUGCUUGAAGAGUUGGGAGAGUCGAAGGCAGACGUCGUCCUUAGCGACAUGGCCCCUGCAUGCAUUGGAGUGAAGCAAGACGAUCAUCUAAACUGCGCAGAACUCUGUCUCUUUGCCUCCGAUCUGAUGGAGCAGGUGUUGAAGUUAGGCGGGACGUUCGUGACGAAGAUGUUCAUGGGCAGCGAGACGAACAACUUCAAAGUCUACUUGCGCACCCGGUUCAAGAAAGUCUCCUCUGCAAAGCCCAGAGCCUGUCGACAGGAAUCGCGGGAAAUGUAUUUCGUCUGCCAACACUUCGUAGGGCGCGACCGUCUCGCCGAAGAAGUCCAACUCAAGGGCUGCUUCACCGGAAAAGAAGGCUUUCUGUGACCUCUCGCGAGACAGAGAGCAGUGCCAAGUGGAACGGACAGAGGGGGGGAUGUAUAUGUGGUAGUGGCAGUUCAUUGUCUAGGUACGACAUUUCGUUCCUAAUGCCGGCUUUCCACGGAGGGUAUGGGAACUUCGUCGUAGCAGUCUAUACUGGGUCGUUUCUGUGAAAGCGUACACACAAGAAAACAGCCCGGUGCGGCCUUUCUUGUCUCCUUCGCGAAACGUUAUUCACGUGUUCACUGUCUUGUCGCGUGUGCCGAAGACGCAGACCGUGAACGAUGUGGGGGCAGCCUUGCUGAAGAUGGUGGAACUACGCAGGUGGACUGCUGGUUUUUUUCCGCUGUGAAGCGUCCUGGUUCGCUUUUGUCCAUAAUCCUCGUUUUUUGCGGGAAAAAGCUGAAGAGGGAAGAAAGGCGACACGCGCUUGUCCGGGUACAAGACACAGGCUGAGAGCGCUGCCCACGUUAGAGUUCGACGUCUUUCCAGUCGCAGACAUGGCUAUCCGAGGCGCCUGUGUGCCUCUGCAUGCAGCCUCUUACUUUCCCUCGAGCGAAAACAGGUCCUCUGGGAGUUCAGUAGCAAAGAAGCGAGGGACCACGACGGCUGCGUUUUGGCAUGGCCAGAUGUAUACAGUGUACUCUUCUGGUGGCACUGUGGUCAAACACCCCCUAUGUCGUGUAGAGCUUCCGUGUACCCGACGAAAGUAAAAAACAGAAUGCUGUUUGGCGUUAUCGCAUUUCUGAACUCCCCUUUUGCUAGCCAGUAAACUCACUGCAGCCGUUGGCGGGGCGCUGAGAUGACAGGCACUUUUGAUUCAUCAGAAAAAAAAAUUGAGCCGAGUCCCUGCGACGUGAUCGUGGCAAAACGGUGCCAGGGUAGCCCGCGUUUCAACAAGAUAGAAACGACACCUUAGGUCCGCUAUUGGCUAGCGUCUUUUUCCCAGUCUCUCUUUGAGUGGAGUCUGGGUCGGAGAACAUUCUGCUGGUUUAGGCUGUAAGCAGAGGCCGCAGACACUGUCACACAGCCACACGAAUCUGAGCGUGUUCCGGGUUAAACAUAUAAGCAAGCGCUCUACCGUGUUGCUUUCUACCCCGUGGACAAAUGGAGUGCUCCCAGAUGAAGGGAUACGAACAACUCGCUUAUUAAGUCAUUUAUCCCAAGGGAAAUCAUGUGGAAAAGGCCUCUCAUAAUCCGCUCCCACAUUCACCAGUGGAGCCACAUCCCACCAGACAGGAAUUUCCAAGAGCAUGGCGCGAGACUGCUUUUGUUCAGUACGGGAAUCGCGUCCGUCAGCCAGCCGAUACGUGCGAGAAGGACUGUGGCUUCUGCACCGAAGGAACUCUGUUCGAUGCUUUUUUCUGCGGUCGCUGUUUUGGGGUUCAGAACAGUAUACCGGAACUCAUGUCGCCGCAUGGGCUGUCGCGAGGUCUCGACCACUCACAAACUGACUCCACACUGACAGAAAAGAGGAAGCAUUCCAGAAUGUGUUGUAUAUAUUCCGUAGUGUACAUAAACCUAGAUGACGGGAAUUGCGAAGCCUGUGCGUCUUGAUUCGAGCGGCGCUAGCGUCCUUGUGGGACCAGACGAUUUCAGUGCUUUGACUUGAGAACAUUUUACCCAAACUACGACAAGCAACGAGCUGGCCAGCUUUGCUGCCUCAGAAGGCACCCAGUAUGGUCCAAUAACGGCGGCUGUUAAUAGAGGAUCGUCCUCCUUGAAUGCGAACCAACGCAAAGCUGUGAUCUGACGUGUGCGUCGCGAACUGUGUCUGCUACUGGGUUGCCGCCAG